UCGCAUAUUGAAGUCAUUUUGCUGUGAGUAAACACCCUGGCGAGAUUUACAAUGUUGCUGAAGCUCGUCCGCAUCAUGCCGUGAUUCCUCACUAACACCAUUGUGCUCGUUUAGCCGACGGGUUUCUCGCACCUUUGGACGAUCAGCCGAGUAGCGAUCCCAACGCCGAACCAAAAACUCCAGCACGAAUUUUCAAGAAGAUUCCCUCCCGUAUCCUGCAAAAUGCAGCAGGUAUCGCCAUUUUUACCUGCAUGCGAUCCGGCCUGUGGAUGACCGGAUCAGGCGGUUCAGGCAUCCUUAUUGCUCGAAAAGCUGACGGCACUUGGUCGCCACCAUCGGGCAUCCUACUCCACACACCUUCACUAAGCUUUAUUAUGGGCAUUGAUAUUUACGACUGUGUCCUGGUAAUUAACAACAUUGCCGCCCUCGAAUCAUUAAUAACUAAACCAACUCUCACAUUGGGAGAGGACAUUGGCCUUACGGCCGGACCGCUGGUUCCGCUGGAAUCCACAGAGGUCGACAGCCGGUGGAAGGAUCUCGACAACACCGUUCUAACAUACAUGAAGGCGAGAGGGCAGACUCAGAAUGUCAAUUUGAACGGCUGCAUCUUGACGGAACGAGCCAACGAAAAUGAGAGAUUCUACGGUGGCAACGUAACGGCGAUGGACGUGGUUGCAGGCAAUGUGUCGAGGCAUGUGGAGGAGACACGCCCUCUAUUCGAAGUCAUCAAGGAGGCGGAAGGAAGGAUCGAUGCCGACCAAGCUAUCCUCAAGAAGCUUUCGGCAUUGCCAGCGCCAGGAGACGCCAUGAUCGAAACGCCUAGGAGCUCGCCAGCAUCACCCAAAACUCCUUUCGGUAUUCCCAACACUGAAGACCCUGACCCUUUCGGUGUCUUGGCUUUGGAAAUGGCAGGGCUAGAGAUUCGAGAGGCUGGCACACGCCUCCGACCUACGAGCAACCAAUUCGAAUUUCACCCUGUUCCCUCGAGCCCAGCAUUUUCAAAGUUCAGGCAGAGCGGCGAGACCUUUACAACAAAGAGUAACAGAGGGAGCCUAAUGUCUACCAAAACCAGCCGCACCAAAAUGUCCGAGGCUUGGACACAGUCGAAUCAGACAGGGACGCCAUUCACCUCACCUAGCCAGAGUCAGAGCCAGAGCGAGGACGGCGCUUCCAUUAAUAGCCUCCCCGUUCUGAAAGAGCCCGAGGAGGAGGAGGAGCCUGAGGAGGUUGACUACACCAAAAUUGACUUCACUCCGUUGAGGCAAAUCAGCGGUAGCCAUUCAAUUGAGGGGACUGUCAUGACUGACAGCGACGACCACCUGCGUACCGAUGUCAGCACUAUAGAUGAUGCCGCUACCAAGGCUUCCAGCAUCUACACGAAGGACGAUGCUAGCAUCAUCUCCAGAAAUGACGACGAGAAGGAGGAUAUCCUGACGAAUGAACCAAACGUCGAUGCUGAUGACGAGGAGGAUGACGAAGAAGACGACUUCGAAGAGCCUGUCAUUUUCGAGGUUGCAGCUGUUCAGCCUGCUGCAGUCGUCAUGGCUGCCCCUAUCCACGCCAAGGGCGCUUUGGUCACCAUCCCCAAGAGGAUUCCUCCUCCUCUGCCCGCCAGAAGCCCCAUGAGAACCUCUCGGGCCAGCAAGAGCGAUAUCGGAGACGUCAGCCAUCUUCACAGCCCCAUGCAGGCUUCUUUCACCCUCUCGCCGAGACAGUCUAUCGAUUCAUCUUCUAUCCGAAGCGGUAUGGACAAUAUUCCGUCGAUUCAAGAGACGGCACCCGACGUUUCCGAGGAUGAGAUGAAGAAGACAGAAUCUGCUGUGAUCGAGAAGCCACAAGCAGAGGAUGUUUCUGCCCUUCAGACCCCUACUAUCCAGGAGCCUGAGCAGGCCACACCUAUGGCACCUGGAGCCUUCCCAGAUGAGGGAGAUUUUAUGAACCCUUUGGGCACACCCCUGAGGGAAACUAGUAGUUUUGAACCGAGACACACCACUCACCAGACCGUCAAUGUCGCAUGAUACCAUUCAUUUUCUUUCUGUUUAUUUCUAGUCUUUUCAGCGACACAGGCGCCAUGGCACCUUUUGGGAGCCCUUCAGGUAUUACAUUCAUCACUUAAGAUGUGUACCAGGCGUUUUGGACAUUUUGGGAUUGGCAUCCUCGGUUAAGGAUACCAAACAGCUUAUAAAUAACGACCAACUUUAUGACAGGCAAAAGGAGUUUACGGAUGUACAGAACAAAUAGGCCGGCAAAAGGAUGCACCAACAACACCAUCCCAUGGGGGAGAUCAGAUACAGGAGUGCAUCUGAGGGUCAGGCCAAAGAAUUGGAGACCGGAUUGUGUGUAGAUAUCGGGGCGAUGCUUUACAGCAAACAAGGUGCUGUGAAAGAAUUCAAUGGAGCUGGACCGCUAUUAAAGGGGUGUGCUUGGUCACCUAGCACAGAUAGCCUAGUCUUCAAUUUACUGCCUAAAGA